AUGAAACUUAAAGCAAAGCGAGUUUUGAAGUCGUCAAAGAGGCUAAUAAGCUCCUCAAUUAAAGUGAUUAAGAACUUGAAAACUUGCAUCAAGGAUGUGGGACUUAGUCCAGAUGAAAUAAGACAAUAAUUUCAAUCACUAAGUGAAACUAAAUCAGCUCCUGUUUAAAAUAAAAAGGUGAAAAUAAUUGGAAUAAUGGAUGGAUAGAUUGAUGAUAAUUAUGACUCGAAAGAUGGUAUCAUACAGCAAUAUUUAAGAAGCAAAAACCUGACUGAGUCUUAUGACGUUUCAAGCAGUAGUUCAUCACAAGAUAACUAUGAUGAUAACGAUUCAGAUGAUAUUAUUAUUGAUGACAACGAUGAUAGUUCUAUAGAUUAUGGCUAAAUUAACAUAGCUACAUUCGAAGAAACUAAGAGAGGCAUUGCAGCUAUUGAUAAAAUGAUGAGAGAAUAGAAAAAUUUUAAGUAAGAGUAGAAGAUACUUGAAAUAUUUAAGCAGUAGCAAUAUUUAAAGUAACAUACCGCUUUAAACUCUCUCAGUUAAAAUAUUACCCCAACUGUCAAUCCUCAAGACAUCAGAAGAGAAAAACUACAAAAUGAAAUACUAAGGCCGAAAGAAUGGAUUAAUCUAGUUUAUGAUUCUAAUAAAACUCAACAACUUAGGGAAAUGUAUAUAUAAAUUGAAAUUAACCGGCUUAAGUAUUCAGUCUCUGGAAACCUCUAAUACCAAAGGACUAAUUUGCAAUUUGAAACUAUACUUACUGAUAUCUUAUUGCUAAGUCCUGAUGUUAAACUUCAUAAGAGCAAUCUCUAAGAAUUAAUGAUAGAUCUAAUGUCAAUUUAAUUAGAGAGAACGGUGCUUGAAAGAAGAUCACUAAUCUUUAGCAUGAUGACUUUCAUGCAACAGAUAAGAGUAACUCUGUACUAUCAAAUUUAAAAGAGUGUGAGACAGUUAGAAAUACUUUCAGGGACUGGAUUCAAACUUAGACUUUUUUAUUUUUAGCCAGACACUUAGCAAGAUCAUUUAGGAUUUCUGAGAUUACUAAAUAUGAAUGAUAAGAUUAUUUCAAAACAAGAUGAAGAAAAGAUUGUAAAGAGAAAGAUUAAAUUUAUCCUUACUUUCAUCGAAAUGUAUAAACUGUUUUUAGAGAAAGUGAGUAUUUUAACAAAAAAUGAGUUCUUCCAAAAGCUUUUUUAAAACUAUGGGUAUAAUCCCUAGGAUCACUUUAAUGACUAAUUAUCAUCAACUUUUUAUCAUGGCUUUUUCUUUGUAAUGAUACUAAAUGAUCCACUUAUUAGACAGUUUAUUGAAGUUGUAUUUUUGACUAUAAGGAAACAAAACAAUUCUUCAUCUAUGAACGGCAUUUCUAAAAUGAUUGAUCAAUGGAGGAUAUUCAGAGAUGAAUAAUUAUGUGAUUGGUACUUUAUAAUGAGUGAAAACGGUAUAUUUGAAAGAGGCAUAGGAAUAAAUAAAUGGAAUAAACCUGUUUGGAAAAAUAUGAAAAAAGCUGCUGAGUCAGACUUUGAUUUACCAAAAAUGAAUUAUAAAUCUUUGCUAUACCCAUCUAAUACUAUAGAUUUAGUAUAUUUGAAAGAUAAUAUACAAUCAUAUAUUUGUCAAGGUAUGCUGAAUCAUGAUUAUUAACUCAUUUAGAUUGUUGCAGUAUUCGUUUCUACAAGAAUUCAUUAAACGGAGAAAUAAAUUAGUGUCUAUCAAAUAUUGGACUUUCAAUAGAAGUGCAAAGUAUAGAUUAUUUCAAUUGGUCUUAUUAAGAUUUUAACGACGUUAAAUGGCAAGAUAACAGAUAAAAGUUAAAAUAUUUCUACAAAAAAACUAGAGCCUAAGGAGUUGUCUAAGACAUUCUCAAUGGAAGAAGAGAAGCCUAAAAAGGAUGCUACUGUAAAUAAUAAUCCGGAACAACUUGAUCUUAUGGAAUAAAUAAAAUCUGUAAUGAAUCAGUAAUAGCUCAAAGCGGAGCAACUCUUGCAACAGUAAUAAUAAAUUUAAAAGGAUAAAAAAAAGAAAAGGAGAAACAAAAAGAAGAAAAAGAAGUCUGAAUCGAUAAGCGGACCUAUUGCGCCAUCAUGUGCUGAUGCUAAUAAUGAGGCUUUGCAGAAUCAUUAAAAUUUAGAUGAUAAUAAAGUAGAAAUUGAGGAUGAUGACAACUCUUAAGAAAACGAUGAAUAAUUUGAAAAAGAAUUGUAGCAAUUUGAGUUAAGAUUAAGUCAGCAUUCAAACCAACAAAGACCGAAACUAAAACCAAAUAUAUCCUAGGAUUGGAUACUUAAAAUCAAGAAACAGGUUACCAUGUAAAUAUGA